AACAGGGGCAGUGUAGUGAAAAAAGCGACAAUAAAAUCGCCGAUUGCACGCCUUCUGCUCAUUACUUCGCGUUCUGCUCUCAAAGCAAGUACCCACACAUCCACACAACAACAACAACAGCCAUGUCUCUGCAGUCGGACGCCGUUUUCCAGAAGAUCAUCGAUGGACUGAAGGAUAAUGAGGCCAAGGCCAAGGCGGUCAACGGUGUGUUCCUGUACAAAAUCACCAAGGACGGCAAGGUGGCCAAGGAGUGGACUCUGGACUGCAAGAACGCCAAGGCCUACGAGGGACCUGCCCAGGGCAUCAAGGUGGACACCACCUUGACGGUCGCCGACGAGGACAUGGUUGACAUCGCCCUGGGCAAGCUGAACCCCCAGGCUGCCUUCAUGAAGGGCAAGCUGAAGAUCGCCGGCAACAUCAUGCUCACCCAGAAGCUGGCGCCGCUCCUGAAGACCGACGCCAAGUUGUAAAAAAGGAGUGAUCAACAACACAGCCCAGUCUGCACAUUCCUCAACGAGACAGUGUGUGUGUGUGUUCUCUUUACACUUUUUUUUUCGUGUGUGUAAUUUGUAAUCUGUAUUCGUGUUUUUUGUUUCACCACAUAAUUAAUGUUAUUUUUGUACGGAAAAACCCGUCUACAAAAUUAGAAAAUAAUACAUAAGGCGAAAACGACAAA